AUGGAGUCCAAACUAGCCAAUCUUCACAUUGACCUACCUCCGACGUCGAAGCUGACGAAGAAAAAAGUCCAGAAAGAGGAAGUCGUGGACUCGUGGGAGGAGGAGGACGACGACGGCGGCGACGAUCUCAGCUCGCCAGACGACGGUGUUGCAACGCCGGUCGACGGCGCAGAGCCCGCGCUGAAAUCCCCAGCGGCAAGAGAUCCAGCCUUGAAACCGCCGCCGCCGACGCCCAUCUCCCCGCCGCCCGGGGCCAGCGGCCAAUACAUGAACUGGCAACCUGCCCAGGUGCUGGGUGGGGGUCGUCCGAGGCCGUACAGCCCGGCCUCGCCCUCGACCCCGACCGGCUCAGACCGAGAAAGGGAGCAGCAGCGCAGGCCCGAGAAGACCACCGCGGCGGCCAGUCGGAUGAUCGCGGCUGGCCUGGGCAUGAAGGUCCCCAAAAAGACGGACGAGCAACGACAGUACGACCGAGCGAUCAGGGAACAGGAGGCUCGGCGCAAGAACAGGGAGAAGGAGGAAAGAGAACGAGAAAGGGAGGCGGACGAAAAGUUGAAGGCCGCAAUGUGGAACGACUGA